AUGAGUCACAAGCCUAGGAAACAAAUGUCUAGUGAUACUAAAAGUGAUGAUGACAAUUCUGAUGUAGAUGCUGCCCCAGAUUCUGAUUCUGAUAUUGGUAGUGAUAGAGGGUCGGAUGAAGAGAAAAGCUUGAGACCCCUUGUGUUUGAUCCCAAGGAUGAAAAUAAUCCCAAAAUUAAACUUAGACAAAUAUUUUCUUUCUUCAAGGAGUUGAAAGAAGCAAUUAGAACCUGGAAUAUCAGGAGAGAGAGAUCAUUUAAAUUUAUCAAGAGUGAUAACAUAAGAGUUAGAGCAAUAUGUCCUAAAGAUGGCUGUGAUUGGUGCAUAUAUGCUAGGAGGAUGAAAGGGGAUGGCAGAUUGGAAGUUAGAACAUUUCAAAAGAAGCACAAAUAUGGAUUUUCAUACCACAACAAGAGUGUGAAGUUUGGGUGGGUAGGAAGAAGAGCUAAGAAAAUUGCAGAGAAUUUGGGCAAAGGCAGUGAGAUGGACCAGUUUAAUAAACUGCCUUAUUAUAUUAAUGAAAUCGAGAGAAGUAAUCCAGGUAGUACUGUAAUUAUGAAGCUAGUAGAUGACUAUUGUGAUGCAGUAACCGGACAGGGUAAAUUUCAGAGAUUAUACAUGUGCUUUGCUGGGGUAAAACAGGGGUUCUUAGCAGCUUGUAGGCCUGUGUUUGGAUUGGAUGGAACUUUUUUCAAAGGUUCAGCAGGGGGUGUAUUAUUGACAGCAGUUGGAGUUGAUCCAAAUAAUAGAAUGUAUCCUAUAGCUUAUGCAGCAACUGAGGAAGAAACCAAAGAUUCUUGGAUUUGGUUUCUAACAUUACUCAAGAAAGAUUUGAAAAUUGAAAGGGACUAUGAGUGA